ACACACUGUUCAGAGGAGGAGGAGGAGGAAGAGGAGGAGGAGGAGGGCCUCCCUGCCUGAUUCACUGCUGCAGAUCGACGUGACGGUGUUUGCGCCCUACCUGUUGAUCCUCUCCAGGCAGCAGCACCAUGGGGAACUCCGCGUCCGGUCUUCUGGAUGAGACCAAAUCCGACUACAUUAAAGGCCAGGCUGAGGCCAAGCUGAAGGAGUUCAGUCCGUACUACAGGAAGCAGUUCUCUGUGGCUCAUUUCGCUCAGGUGGAAGAUGAGCUGGAGCAGCACAAAGAGAAGAUCACACAGCUGCUCCAACAGAGGGAGGCUCCUGAGGAGGGCAAGGUGCUGUAUGAGGAUGUCGUCCUUUAUUUUGAUGACACCAGGAAGUGGAAGGAGAGGUACGUGGUGGUGAGAGCCAACUACUGCCUGGAAUGUCACGACAGCCUGGAGACGUUUGUCAAAGGAAUUCCUCCACGCCAAAAGCUGCUGCCUACAGGGGGCACCGUUCUGACCACAGAGGAGGCGUACAUGGCCAUGGUGGACAAGUGCUUCCCCGAUGAUACCAAUGUGAAGGAGGACUUUGCUCCUCCUCUGUCGGGGAUGCUGGGACAGUUUCCUGUCUACCUGCGUCUGCCCUACAGGAGUGAUUACUACUUCUGCUUCAGACAACAGGCCCCACAAGCUGCCUUCCUCUCCAUCCUGUCCGACUGCAUCAGGCACCAGAACCAUGACUUCCUGAAGAAGAAGACAUGUGAAGUGCAGGCCUUCCUCAAAGCCAUCCAGCUCUACAGAGAGGACCAAGGCAAAUACGAGGUCUGGGACAUGCUGAUAGGAAGUGAUGUCAGGGUGAUGGCCAACCUGGUGAUGGAGCAGCUGCUGCCGACUCUUGAGGUUGACUUGCUGCCUCGUCUCAAAGCCAAGAAGACGGAGAAGAAGAGAGUUUGGUUUGCUACGGUGGAGGCGGCGUACAUCCUGGUCCAGGAGGAACUGUUGGAGGGACUUGCAGCACUAAAGGAGGAAUGUCAGACCUCGGUCCAGCAGCAGAAAGUGCUUAUUCACUCCGACAUGAACCCGAUCCUCAACUCCAGACGGCAGCUGGAGGAAAAAGUCCGAGCCAAAGUAUCGGAGCCAGCAGAGAAGCUGUGCUCCGAGUCCGUCCAGCCGUACCUGGGCUCAGUCCUGGAGGAACUCAUGCAGCCCAUCAGCUCUGGUUUCCAGGAGGGACGGCAGCUGAGUGAAAACAUGAUGGACCAGGUGUGUCAGGACAUCCUCGGAGACAACGAGAAACUGAAAAAGGCUCUUGCUCACAUGGCGAGGCCGAACCUGCUGAGCUGCUACCAGAAGAUCGGCUCCCUGCAGGAGAGGCUGCAGGACCUGCAGGAGAGAUUUGGUUUCUCAAACAUCACAGACGUGAUCCACAGCGCUCAGAUCGACCUGCAGCAGCUGAUUGAGAAUGCAGCUUACACGUUCGAGCAGCUGCUCUACAAAGCUGUCCAGGACAACCCAGAAAACGCCAGCUCGGCCAUCGAAAAGGCCAAACACAGAGUGCUCAAGCAAUAUGACUAUGACAGCAGCACCGUGAGAAAGAGGAUCUCCCAGGAGGCUCUAGUGUCCAUCACUCUGCCCUUCAUCAAGAAGAACUUGGCCCCGACCUGCAAAACUGAGCUUCAGAGUCUUCAACAGUUCAUCUAUGCCGAACACUCCAACUUCAUCCACGUUGACAAUGUUUAUGAGAGCGUCCUCCUGCAAACUCUGGACAAGGAGGUCACCAAAGUGGUGAAGGAGGCGGCGAGUCUUAAGAAGUACAACCUGUUCACAGACAGCAGAGACCUGCUCAGUCAGUCCAGCCGCUCCAGCCUCUCCUCCCCGUCCGUCUCCACUCCGAGCAGCCCCGCCAUGGCGCUUGCCUCACCUGCGAAAACCUCCUAUGAGCACCAGCCCCCGUCUCCUCUUACAGUCAACGGUAUGUCGUCCAGCCCCCAGAAGGAAGAGCAGCACGAAGCGGACGUGUUCGUUACAGAGACAUGUCCGGGGAAGGCUGAACAAAUAGAAGAAGCUCAGAGUGUCGCUGUCGAUCAGGAGGUACUGGCGCCGGAAGCAGAAGAUGUUGUGCAAACUGUGAAAGCAGAAGCAAGCACCAUUGUCACCCCUGAGACCUCAGCUUUAGCAGCUACAACCAACCAGAGCGAGACACAAAGCAAGAGACAGGAAGUUCCUGAGACUUUGAUCCAAGAGGAAGUGAUUUCUGUCAAAACGGAGAAAGUUAAGACGGCUGCUGAACCUCAGAGCACAGACGCGCCAAAAGAAGCAGAAAUCCCCACAGUUGUAGAAAAUACUAAGACAGCUGCAGAGGCAGAAGCUCCUGCGCGAAGUCCUGACCCUACAAAUGAACCAGUAAACACGUCAGGUGAGGGUGCUGGUGAUCAAACUGUAGCCAGCGGUGAAGUCAAGACACACUGUGGAAGCUCAGAAAUCAAGUUAGAGGCUCCCUCUAGUGGUCAAACACCCGUACUCACAGCUGCAGAUGUCAGCCUGGACAUAAAGCCAGACGAAGCAGAACCAGUCACUGUCUCAGACCCUAAUUCCCUGGAUGUGUCAGUAGGAAGUGAGUCAGCUCCGUCAGAUUUGGAGUCCGAGGAGGAAGCCAGAGUAACAGAGAGCAGCAAGGACGAAGUCUGGACGAGCCCCGACGCCUUGGAGGAGCAGGGUGAUCUCAGUACAUCACCUGCGAGCUCAGACGAUCCCGCUGUGGACAAAACCGUCAGCGAGGAGCCGUCUCCUCAGGUCCAGACAGAAGCUGUGAGCGGCGGCGUCAGAGUAGGAGUGGAGGCGUCGGUGGAGGCCGCCAAAGAGGACACCCCUUCCAGCCCUGAAGCCCGGCCCCUGGACAGCAUCAAGGAGAUCCGUGACCUGGUGGUGGAAGUGUUCGAGGUGGAGGAGCUGGUGCAGCAUUACCCAACGGGAUAUCUAAAAGAGGAGUGAGGCGUCAUGACCAAUCAACAGCAGCAUUCCUGUUCUUUCUGCAAGAUGAGGGACAAAAUAACUAAGAUGUUCUGCUGAAAGGGAACCGAAUCAUCACCAGAAGAUAACGGUAGCUUCCAUUUCUGACUAAACUGCACUGCCUCGUCUGUCGUGGUGUUAAAACAAGGAUGCUUUUUCCUCAGAGCUGAAACCGAAAAAGACUCCUGAGAAACAUUCACGCUCCCACAAAUGUUUUUUUUAAAAGCACAUAUGCAUGAAUUUAUGGUAAAUUAUUAAUACAAGUCAUUUACACAAAUCAAUAUAUUAUCUGUGUUAGGUGUAUACAACCAACAGGUUCGUUUCAUUCAGUGACUGACAGGAAAUUAUUGCACUCCAAUUAUUUUAGUACCAAAUUGUUUUAGAAAAUCUAGAUAUAGAAAUAUUUUUUAUAAGAAAUGCUGUGGUCGAUUUAAAUCUAUUUAGAAGAAUCUAUUUUUUGGAAAAUGCUUUAGACGCUUUAUUUCUGAGAGUGUAUCUGGUCUCGGUUAGCCUAACUUAGCAUAAUACCUGGACGCAGGGGGAAACAGCCUGACUCUUUCCAAAGUUCAGAACUCCUCCUACCAACACCUUUUAAAGCUCACUAAUUAAUAAUAAAUAAUAUUUGGUUUGAAAAGGGAAUUGGUGGAAGAAGGAUUAAGGAAGUAGCACAACGACAGCAUAAAAUACUCCAUUAUUAAGUUCCUGCUUUAAAAAAAGUUAUUUUGUAAAAGUAAACAAGUGUGAGUCCGAUGUACAUAAAGUAUGAAAAGUAAUCACGCAAAAUAGCUCAGAUAUAUUUUACUGGAGUAUUAUUACUGAUGCAUUAACAUCCGUAUAAGCAGCAUUUUAAUGUUCUCAGGGUGGAACGUGUUUUUACGAUGCCACCAGCACACCACACUUCUCCCAAUCUACUGCCAUGCAUCAUAUUUUAUAAACCGAUCACAUGUUUUACUCGUAAAAUCCUAAUCUGGAAAGAGUCACCAAAGCAAAUUCCUUGUAUGUGUAAAAACUACUUGGCUAUAAAACUGCUUCUGAUAAAUGUAGUGGAGAAGUAGCAGAGAAUUGAAAUACUAGUAGAAGUACGAGUAGCUCAACAUUACACUUGAGUACAGAAAAUGUUCUUACUUUCCACCAUGUUGUUACAGACACCCGUUGUAAAUCUGUAAUUAGUUCCAGCAGGUACAGCAUCUCCUCCCUACGGCUCUGUUUGUGUACAGAUGAAACAAACAAAGGUAGAUAAUGUUAACCAGUGAGCUUCAGAUGUGUUGGUAGGUGGAGGACGGAACCAGGCCAGCUCUGAGAUCGAGUCCCAUCUGAACGUCUCACUCUUAGACACAAAGCAAAUAAGCGUCUUUGCCAAAAAUAUCAAACUGUUGUUCCAAACAGGCUACACGAGUUUUAGAUUGUUAAAGCAUUAUAAACACCUACUUUAAUAUAUCAGACCACACGAGCUUGAUUAAUACCACUUCCACUUUCCAGCUGUAGUUUAGGGACAUUUCUUUCUCAUUAAUGUGAUUUAUUUUUUAUCUACUGAAGGAUUAACAAAAACAAACUGAAGAAGUGCCUUUGCAGUACCUCCAUGUUGCCUUAGAUCACAUGAUGAUGGAAACGAGCCUCUUUCACGUGGAUAAUGUUGCUGCCCGAGGCGGAUCACCAGUGCUCGAGCAUCACCUGCGCGAAAUGCCUUUUACCUGUGUAGAGCAUCUCAUGCAGACACGGUUAGAAAGUUUACAGUGUGAGUACAGGGAGGAACGUUUGACCAGAAACUGUCUACCAGAUGAACGCCGGCUGAUGGAGACGCCGUGUGGAAAUAUUAAUAAAACAAACAUACCCUCAAACUAUUUCUGUGAACUCUCCACGCUCUGGUCUGAAUGUUGGUGAAACAACACAAAUAAUAAAAGCUUUUGUUUGCCAAUAAAACAAAUACAGCA